AUGAGGCGAACUCUGGUACCUGUGGUGGUGGCAACCCUGCUCUGCCUGGCGCAGGGGGUGCCCCUGAAGACAUCCGGCAGACCUGCCAACCGGUUCCCAGACGGUUUCUACCUGGGCGCCGCCACCGCUGCAUACCAGAUAGAGGGCGCUUGGAACGAGGAUGGCAAGGGAGAGAGCAUCUGGGACCACAUGCUGCACGCACAGCCCAACCUGACUGCAGACGGCCAGAACGGUGACGUGGCGGCCGACUCGUACCACAAGUACAAGGAGGACGUGCAGUUGCUCGUCGGAAUCAACGCGAACGUGUACCGGUUCUCUCUGAGCUGGCCUCGUAUCCUCCCCACUGGAGACACGGACAACAUCAACCAGGCGGGUAUCGACUACUACAACAACCUCAUCAACGAGCUGCUGGCCAACGGGAUCGAACCUAUGAUCACGCUGUACCACUGGGACCUGCCUCAGGAGCUGCAGAAACUUGGCGGCUGGCCCAACAUCGAGCUGGCAGACUACUUCGUCGAGUACGCUCGCAUCGCCUUCGAGAACUUCGGAGACCGGGUGAAGCUGUGGCUGACCUUCAACGAGCCCAACAUGUUCUCCAAGGGCUACUCGACAGCCACGUCGUUCGCUCCUGGUGCCAACUCCUCAGGCAUUGCUGACUACCUGAUGGCAAAGACGAUCCUGGUGGCGCAUGCGCGCGUCUACCGACUCUACGACCUGAGUUUCCGCCUCAAGCAGAAAGGCAAGGUUGGCAUCACGCUGGACGGAGGCUGGUACGAGCCGCUGACCAACAGUGCGGAGGACGCAGACGCUUCGGAACGUCAGCUGCAGUUUGAGAUCGGGCUCUGGGCGAAUCCCAUCUUCUCGCUGCUGGGCAACUUCCCCAAGGUGGUGCGGCAGCGCGUGGCAGCCAACAGCAAAGAGGAGGGGAGAGCCAGGUCUCGCCUGCCCUCGCUCUCCUUGGCCGAGAUUCUCCUCAUCAAGGGUACGGCCGACUUUUUCGGACUCAACCACUACACGACGUCUCUGAUAACUUCUGGAAGCAGCGGCGAGGUGCCUUCCAAGACAUAUGACGCCGGUGUCGUCACCUCCACCAUUCAAGGCUACAAUACCAACUACUGGAUCUCGGACGUUCCAUGGGGUCUCCGGAAGCUCCUCAACUGGAUACACGACUCCUACCCGGGUUACCCCAUCUUCGUCACGGAGAACGGCUGGGUGGACCCUCCUGGCGUGCUCAACGACACAGGCCGCGUCCACUACCUCAGGGGCUACGUGUCAGCUAUCUUGCGCGCCAUCAACGAAGAUGGUGUUCCAAUGAUUGGCUACACGCACUGGAGUCUGAUCGACAACCUGGAGUGGAUGAAUGGAUACUCACUGAAGUUCGGGCUGCACUCCGUGGACUACGACGAUCCAGAGAGACCCAGGACGCAGAAGGCUUCGGCGAAAGUCAUCGCAGACAUCUACAAGAACAUGGCCGUGCCAGACCUGAAGAUGAGGCGAACUCUGGUACCUGUGGUGGUGGCAACCCUGCUCUGCCUGGCGCAGGGGGUGCCCGUGAAGUCAUCCGGCAGACCCGCCAACCAGUUCCCAGACGGUUUCUACCUGGGCGCCGCCACCGCUGCAUACCAGAUAGAGGGCGCGUGGAAUGAGGAUGGGAAAGGAGAGAGCAUCUGGGACCACAUGCUGCACGCACAGCCCAACCUGACAGCAGACGGCCAGAACGGCGACGUGGCGGCCGACUCGUACCACAAGUACAAGGAGGACGUGCAGCUGCUCGUCGGAAUCAACGCGAACUGCUACCGGUUCUCUCUGAGCUGGCCUCGCAUCCUCCCCACUGGAGACACGGACAACAUCAACCAGGCGGGUAUCGACUACUACAACAACCUCAUCAACGAGCUGCUGGCCAACGGGAUCGAACCUAUGAUCACGCUGUACCACUGGGACCUGCCUCAGGAGCUGCAGAAACUGGGCGGAUGGCCCAACAUCGAAAUUGCCGACUACUUCGUCGAGUACGCUCGCAUCGCCUUCGAGAACUUCGGAGACCGGGUGAAGCUGUGGCUGACCUUCAACGAGCCCAACAUGUUCUCCAACGGCUACUCGUCCGCCACGUCGUUCGCUCCCGGCGCCAACUCCUCGGGCAUCGCAGACUACCUGAUGGCCAAGACGAUCCUGCUGGCGCAUGCGCGCGUCUACCGACUCUACGACCUGAACUUCCGUCUCAAGCAGAAGGGCAAGGUCGGCAUCACGCUGGACGGAGGCUGGUACGAACCGCUGACCAACAGCGCGGAGGACGCCGACGCUUCGGAACGUCAGCUGCAGUUUGAGAUCGGGCUCUGGGCGAAUCCCAUCUUCUCGCUGCUGGGCGACUUCCCCAAGGUGGUGCGCCAGCGCGUGGCAGCCAACAGCAAGGAGGAGGGGAGAGCCAGGUCUCGCCUGCCCUCGCUCUCCUUGGCCGAGAUUCUCCUCAUCAAGGGUACGGCCGACUUCUUCGGACUCAACCACUACACGACGUCCCUGAUAACUUCUGGAAGGAGCGGCCAGGAGCCUUCCAAGACAUAUGACGCCGGUGUCGUCACCUCCACCAUUCAAGGCUACAAUACCAACUACUGGAUCUCGGACGUUCCAUGGGGACUCCGUAAGCUCCUCAACUGGGUUCACGACUCCUACCCCGGCUACCCCAUCUUCGUCACGGAGAACGGCUGGGUGGACCCUCCUGGCAUACUCAACGACACAGGCCGUGUCCACUACGUCAGGGGCUACGUGUCAGCUAUCUUGCGCGCCAUCAACGAAGAUGGUGUACCAAUGAUUGGCUACACGCACUGGAGUCUGAUCGACAACCUGGAGUGGAUGAAUGGAUACUCACUGAAGUUCGGGCUGCACUCCGUGGACUACGACGAUCCAGAGAGACCCAGGACGCAGAAGGCUUCGGCGAAAGUCAUCGCAGACAUCUACAAGAACAUGGCCGUGCCGUGGGAGGAUUUCGAGAACGCCGACACCACGCCACCAUCUUAA